AUGCUCGCAUUCAUGCCGGCACAAUCAUCGAAUUCGUCUCCUGGAUUGAACUACUGGUAUGGCAGUGGCAGCUUGCCUGACACUUUAGAAGGACUUCCGCAAGGUAGCGCAAAUCCUCGCUUGAUGCGUCGUGCCUCGGAAGCCGUAGGACAAGCUCAGGGAAUCCAAAUUCAGGAGCCCUCCGAGUGGGACGAAAGCCAGGUGCCCCUCCACCUCGACACCAACCAAACCAACCUCGUGAUUCGCCCGCUGGCAGCGUCCGCCGCUGCAAAUCACAAAGCCCCGCUGGCGCCCAAACAGGGACUUGGAGGCGCCCUUGCCAAUGCUCGGGGGCAGCAUUCGUCUCCCAUUGCCGGCACGUAUGCGUUGCGGACGCCCCGCGGGAAGAUCACAUCGAUAGCAUGUGAAAGCUGCAGGAAGCGCAAGUCCAAGUGCGACGGCGUGAGGCCCAAGUGCAACACUUGCCAAUCCAAGAACCUCACAUGUGUCUACGAUGUCGCCGAAGAUGGCAAAACGACAACUCAACUGCGGGCCCAUGUCAGGCGGUUAGCCAAGGAGUUGGAUGAUAUGAAGUCCGUCGUGUCGCUGCUGGCAAUGGCACCGGAUCGUGCAUCGGCUGCAAACUGGGCGUCCGAGCUGGAGAAGAAUGGUUUCGCACACCAUUCAGCUGAGGAGGUCAAGAAAGCGCUUUCGGAGUCUCUGGGUCCAACACCUGCCCUUGCAGACGCCGAUUCGUUUGGAACUCCAAGCAGUAGCGAGCCCUUUCCUGGUCACACGCACCCCUUGGCCGGCUCAUCGUACGGCGGUUCUUCCCGUGAAGAAAGAGAACAGAGCCAGUCUUCGCUGGCCUAUUCCCACGACAAUCCCGUCGACGUGACUGUGGCCGCGAACCCCUCUCCACUCAGCCUCGAGGCUGCGGCGAAUGCCCUCAACAAAUUCGGCUUCGAUUGCGCGUUCUAUCGGAGGACCAAACGAGAUCAGCUCGCGAAUGGGUGGAGCGAGCCCCAGAUAUUUGGAAGAUCGGAGAUCGAUGUCGAUACUCUUUUGCUGGGCUUCUUGGACCCUCAGGAUGCGCAGCCAGUCUCGACGUGGUGUUCCAGAACAGUCAACAGGCUGCUUCCCUCGUCCCCUCUGCCAGUCAGACUUGCGUCUACAUGGCUUUUGACUAAAUUGAUGCGCUUCCUCAUAUGGCCCAGUGUGGAGAACGUGAACGCAAGUCCGGAGUGGUUGAUGCCACCCGCAGGAAAGCAGGAGACGUCACCGUACGAUAUGCUCAUUGACCUUGUUCCCUGGCCUCAAGUACGCCAGCUGCUGUAUGCGCAUCCCCAGGAAUAUCCAGUUGUACAUCUCGUUGGAUUGAUCGGUAUCACAUGGCCAUACGCGGACGAUGCGUGCCAUUACUGGGACAUUGAAUCCGGCUACACCCGUAUGACACCACUUUUUGAGAGUACCAUCGCCGACCUGAACAACUGGACUGUCGAUCCAAAGAUCCUCGAGAUUAUGCCGCAACUGGAGGGGCAUAUCCCGAUCAAGCCGGUAGCAUGA